AUGCGAUUUGUACAUUUGUUACCCGAGCCCACCAUUUCGAAGCAGGACUGCAACAUGUUGCAACAUCUAGCCGACACUCUAGCAGCGCACAAUAUCGCUCAAUACGACACCCUCGUCGUAACUAAAGAUGGUCGAGCUAAUCCCCAGCGAUGGCGCGAGGUCCGAAAGCGAGGCAACAUGCGAAUUUACAACGAGCGUCUCUUGUCUUCAGCUCAGUGCCCCGCGACACCGCAGCUAUUGCUACUCGGUACCAUAGAUGGCAAGCUAGAGGACAUCAUGUACGGAUCAGUGGCCACCACGGAUGAGGCUAUGAAAUUCCAAUCAGCCUGCACUAAGGACAGCGUUCGAGAUAGCAAAGUACUCUACGAAAUCGUUCGUCCCAGCUUCGACUACCCAUUCCGCACAGUAGCGGUGAAGUGGCGGCUGUACGAGACACGCGACUAUGUAUCGCUGGAUGCCACGGGGAUAGUACGCCUACGCGGACAACAACAGAUCGGGUACAGUAUUUCACACUCGGUUGUUCUGUCUGACAUUCCAAAUUUUGACGAGACACACGGCAUCGAACGUGGAAACAUGUCCGUGUGCGCACUGUAUCGCCAGAAAACACCCACGAUGGUAGAGUGCUACGUGCGCGGUUUCUUCGACUUCAAGACAAGAAACGAGGUACUCCAGAACAUGUCACUUCAGACAAUCGCAGCCCAGUGGUCAGCCUAUGCGCGCAAGAGCAGGUGUGCUCUAGCCAAAAAAUUGUCCUGGAAGGUCCGUAAGAAUUGCGGGUGGAGCUCUCGCUCCUCUCGAACGUAUUCUUUCGCUGACGACAUGGACGACUUCAUCUCUCCAAAUUAUCGCCAAAGACCUUCAAGCUCCUCUACUGCGCCUACUCAAUGCCAUGUUUGCAAUAAAGCUGCCAGCUUCUUUAAGUUCAUUCGAGGGACCUGUACAAGCUGCGAGCUGCCAGUUUGUUCGAAAUGUGCAGUCAAGAAGACAGUCGUCGCUCUCGCUCCCGACCAAUGUACGGUGCUGAACCGGAAGCGCUCAUUCUGCUUGCCAUGCUUGAUUGCAGUUGAGAGCUGUGACGUCAUGUCCAUUGCCAGGGAGGAACUUGUUGACCACCAAGAGAAGGAGGAACUCAACAGCGACGGAGUUCGACUGUCGUCCAUGACAAUCAACUCCAGUUGCUACUCAAGUCUAGCCAGCUUCAACUGA